UUCGGCACGGCUCAACACGGCUUGGCUCGGCGCGGCUCCGUUCGGCACGGCACGGCUCGAGCCACGCUGCCAUGGGAGGCUGCGGCACGUGGGCAUGGCGGGAGCUGCUGGUGCUGCUGGGCAGCGUGUGGCUGGGGGUGGGCAGCUCCCAGCCCACCCCCCUGGGCCCCACGCACACUCCUGGGCCCCAGCUGAAGUUUCGUCUGGCCGGUUACCCACGCAAGCACAACGAGGGCCGUGUCGAGGUUUUUUACAAUGACGAGUGGGGCACCAUCUGCGACGACGACUUCACGCUGGGCAACGCGCACGUGCUGUGCCGGCACCUCGGCUUCGUGGCUGCCACCGGCUGGGCCCACAGCGCCAAGUAUGGCAAAGGCGUUGGGCGGAUCUGGCUGGACAACGUGAACUGUGCUGGAGGAGAGAAGAGCAUCGGGGACUGCAAACACCGCGGCUGGGGCAACAGCGACUGCAGCCAUGAGGAAGACGCGGGUGUCAUCUGCAAGGACGAGCGCAUCCCAGGCUUCAAGGACUCCAAUGUCAUUGAGACAGAGCAGAGCCACGUGGAGGAGGUCCGCCUGCGGCCGGUGGUGUCGGGGGCCCGGCGGCAGCUGCCGGUGACAGAGGGCAUCGUGGAGGUGCGCUACAAGGACAGCUGGGCACAGAUCUGUGACGAGGGCUGGGACAGCCACAACAGCCGCGUCAUCUGCGGCAUGAUGGGUUUCCCGGCUGAGAAGAAGGUCAACAGGAACUUCUACAAGCUGGCCUCCAAAUCUCAGCCUAAACAAAAGCACAGGGAGGACGUAGGGCCCAAGAAGAGGCUCUUCACGGAGCGGCAGCAGCUCAACUACCGCCUGCACUCAGUGUCAUGCACGGGGACAGAGGUGCAUCUCUCCAUGUGCACCUUCGAGUUCUACCGAGGCAAUGCCUCGGCUGCCUGCAGGGCCGGGAUGCCCGCCGUCGUCAGCUGCCUGCCCGGGCCCCUCUUCGCUGCUGGGAAUGCCCACAAGAAGAAACAGCGCCAGCAGCAGCAGGGCCAGCCCCGGAUCCGGCUGAAGGGCGGCGCGAGGGUCGGCGAGGGCCGUGUCGAGGUGCUCAAGAGCAGCGAGUGGGGCACGAUCUGUGACGACCGCUGGAACCUGCUGUCGGCCAGCGUGGUGUGCCGGGAGCUGGGCUUUGGCAGCGCCAAGGAGGCCCUCACCGGUGCACGCAUGGGCCAAGGGACGGGACCCAUCCACCUUAACGAGGUGCAGUGCCAGGGCACCGAGAAGUCUCUCUGGAGCUGCCCCUUCAGGAACAUCACGCAGGAGGACUGCAAGCACACGGAGGAUGCAGCUGUCCGCUGCAACAUCCCGUACAUGGGCUACGAGAACCUGAUUCGGCUGAGCGGGGGCCGGAGCCGCUUCGAGGGGCGGGUCGAGGUGGCGGUGGGGGCUGGCGACAGGGACCAGCCCCGCUGGGGUCUGGUCUGCGGCGAAGGCUGGGGUACGCUGGAGGCGAUGGUGGCCUGUCGCCAGCUGGGUCUGGGAUUCGCUAACCACGGCUUACAAGAGACGUGGUACUGGGACGCCAGCAACGUGACAGAGAUGGUCAUGAGCGGGGUGAAGUGCGCCGGCCACGAGAUGUCCCUGAGCCACUGCCAGCACCACGGCGCCAGCCUGAGCUGCAGGAACACGGGCACGCGCUUCGCCGCGGGCAUCAUCUGCUCCGAGACUGCCUCCGACCUGCUGCUGCACGCGUCACUGGUGCAGGAGACGGCCUACAUCGAGGACCGGCCGCUGCACAUGCUGUACUGCGCCGCCGAGGAGAACUGCCUCUCCAGCUCGGCCCGCCUGGCCAACUGGCCCUAUGGGCACCGCCGCCUGCUCCGCUUCUCCUCCCAGAUCCACAACCACGGCCGUGCCGACUUCCGCCCCAAGGCUGGCCGGCACUCCUGGGUCUGGCACGAGUGCCACCGGCACUACCACAGCAUGGACAUCUUCACCCACUACGACAUCCUGACCCCCAACGGCACCAAGGUGGCUGAGGGACACAAGGCCAGCUUCUGCCUGGAGGACACCGAGUGCGAGGAAGAUGUGGCCAAGCGGUACGAGUGUGCCAACUUCGGGGAGCAGGGCAUCACUGUGGGCUGCUGGGACCUGUACCGGCAUGACAUCGACUGCCAGUGGAUCGACAUCACUGACGUCAAGCCAGGCAACUACAUCCUGCAGGUUGUGAUCAACCCCAACUUCGAGGUGGCAGAAAGUGAUUUCACCAACAACGCCAUGAAAUGCAACUGCAAGUACGACGGGCACCGCAUCUGGGUGCACAGCUGCCACAUCGGAGAUGCACUCAGCGAGGAGGCCAACAAGCGGUUUGAGCAGUACCCAGGUCAGCUCAACAACCAGAUUUCAUAGGGCCCCGGACCCCAGAGAGAUGGGCAUCUCCCUCCCUCACCCUGUACGGGUGGGAGGAAGCCCCUGGGGGCUGGCAGGGAGGCCUCUUGCCCGGCACUGCUGCUGCUGGGGACUGCCCAGGACUUGCCACCGGCUGCCCUUCCCCACCUCGGGGGGCUGGUGCUGGAGGCACCGACACCUGCACCUCCCAGCCUGGGGCCGCCAUCCCAACCACUGGCCAGAAGAGCGUGCCCACGUUCCCUGGGCUGCGGCACACGGGUACGGUCUGGGAGGUCCUGCACCCCCCACCGCUCCAGUCCUUCCCAUUCUAGCAGUACCCCACCUCCCGCUCCUCCCUUUCAGCCCUGGUUCCUCUCACUCCACAUCCCUCCCCACAGCUCAACCCCUGCGCUGGUCCCAGGACCCACCCUCCAUGCAGGGACCCAUUCCCCUGCCUGGCCUCAGGAGCCCCUGGUCCCCAGGGAUGGUGAGGGUACCCCUGGCUCACAGCGCUGCCCAGGGGUGGCUCAUACCCCAUCUCUCAGUUGUAAUUUUAUUUUCUCUAUAAAGU